UCAAAGGAGACUCCUCCUCGACCUAGAUCGUACACUCCUCAUAAACUCAAACCAACGAACGACUUGCGAAUCCCCGCUACUAACAUAUAGAUUGCUGUCUUUUCAUAUUCCCUUUGGGCACGGCUGUUUUCAGUCCUUUGUGCAUUGUUUGCUCUAUUUGCUUGCCGAACAAAUCUCAUGCCUCUCGACCUCAUGGCUUCACCGACGCACCUAUAGUCUGGGUGACAUCAACGACCGCAUCAUCGACCGCUCGCACCUCGACCCCGACUGCUUGAGCGCCUGUCAUGAACGACCAGCCGCCUCCGCCUCCACCACAUGGCGGCCAUGGCGGCGUUCCGAGGUCUGGAGGUCUACCGCCAGGCAAGUACGACAUUUUUGUGAUUCCAGAGCAUUCAGCUGGCUCGGGAUUCCUGUACUUGCCGUCAUUGCAGCCGAACAUCAAUAGCUUCGUCGCGGGAUUCGCAUCGGCCCUGAUCAUGGUGGUCCUUGGACAAAGCAUGGCACCAGCUUUUCGAAAUUGGUGGGAUAGCUUCCAAGGGCUGGGCAACGUGGGCAUCGCAAUGCUGAUUGUUGGCGUCGGCUUCGGUGCCUGGGCACUGGGUAGGACUCAGACAGAUGGAGGAUCUCCAUUUGGAUCCGGAUUCAAGCACAAACCGAGUGCGUCCAGUGGUGGCCCAGGCGCUGGAGGCUUCGGAGGCUACCCAGGUACCUCAGCUGGUGCCGAUGGUCCUCCGCCGCCACCGCCGCCUCAUGGGAACAGCCCAAAGGGUGGCCACAACCCGAAUGGUGGUCCCAGCGGCGGCCCUCCACCGCACGGUGCUCGACAACAUGCAGAGGACUAUUGGUCCCAACCGAACACGCCUCCCCCACGGAAUGAGCCGCCUCCGCCUCCACGACAAGAAACACCUCGACAGGAGGCACCGCCUCCCCCUCCUCCUCCGCCUCGAGAGCCAACACCGCCGCCACCUCCACCUCCCCCUCCGCCACAGGAGGAGAAGAAGGCGGCCCCGAAGCCAGCCCCCAAGCCAGCUCCACCACCGGAGCCAAAGAAGGCGCCCCCACCACCUGAACCAAAGAAACCGGACCCUCCCAAGCCGGAGCCGAAGAAACCCGAUCCGAAGAGCUCGUGGGAGAAGGCUCGAGAGCAAACAAAGGCAAACUGGGAGAAGGCCCGGGAAGAAGCUCGCAAGAAGGAAGAGGAACGGAAGGCCAAGGAAGCCGAGCAAAAACGCAAGGAAGAAACUGCAAGACGACUGGCUGAGCUACGUGCAAAGGAGGCCAAGGAACGUCAAGCCCGCGAACUGGAGAAGCAGAGGAAGGAAAGGGAAGCCAAGGAGAGAGAGGAGCGCAUCAAGGCAGAGCAGAGAGCCAAGGAGCUGACGGAAAAGCUCGAACGUGAGCGCAAGGAGCGUGAGCGUCUCGAGAAAGAAUUCAAGGAACGAGAGGAGAGAGAAAGGGCAGAGAAGGCAAAGCAAGAGAAAGAGAAAGAGGCAGCGGAGGCCAAGUCCGAGAGGCAGGGCAGCAGCUAUGCCUUCUCGGGCGUCGGAGAGAAGAUGAGCAUGUGGCCCAACGGUCGACCUCCCAUGCCCAAGUCCUCGCCUGCGCCAUCCACAACUUCAUCCAGGGCGCCGCCUAGCCCUGAGAAGAAGCCGCCGCCAUCGUCUGCGAAAUCAUACAUGAGUGAGGAGACACACUCAUAUCGACCGUACGACAAGCCGAAGCAUACGCCGCGGAAGAAGUCGGGGUCGUCCUUUGUCGGCUCCGAGUCCUCGUUUGCACCCUCGCACACAACGGCUCGCACGUCGCCUCCGCCAUCGAUGAGAGGCCCCUACUCCACCAAGGACCCUGACAAGAUUGUUGUGUCCGCCGUGUACCUGUUCAUGAACCAAUUCGCAAAAACCCCCGCCAGUCAGCUCAUAUCUGGUUUUGGUUCGGUCACCGACGGCCUUAUUCUCCGCAUCACCACCGAAGGGCUCUUUAUCGACGACGACCUCCGAGGCGUUCCGCAGCGUGAAUGGGACGUCAAGGCGUGGACCCUGGGAUGCGUCGAGGUAAGCACCAAGAAUUUCUUUCGUGAGGCUUGCAGCAUGCUAACAAGGAUCAAAGACCGGUAAAUGGGAGGCCAAAGGCCUGCACGUACUGCGCGCUUCGUUGCGCGACAAGGAAACCAAGAGGUACCUGUUUGUGAUGGACAGGGCAGAAGCUACAAAGAUGCAUGCUGGCAUCUCGCGGCUGCGCAAGGGCAGACAGGUGCGCUCCAUGGAGGUCAAGGAGAUGUCGACGGGCGAGGCCCGCAAGACGAUUGAGAUGCUCGGCUGGGUUUGAGGACGGUGCAGAACCCUAUGAUGAAGCAAGAGACCAGUGAGGAGAGAGGAGGGUUCGGAUGGCAGUCAUUCUCGGCGAACCUGGGGCAUUUAAACGGACAGUAAGCAUGGCAUGCGGAUGAUGAUCUCAGCGAUUGGAACGUGGUUUGCGAGAUGUGUUUUGGUCGGAUUGGAGUUUGCAUUCCACAACAUACCCCCCUGAUUCUAGACGUCAAUACAGUACAGUAAACAUUUCGCGAGGGCAAUAUUAUUGUCAAG